AUACAGUAUAAUGAAUAUGUUGAUCGCGCGGCAAAUACAGAACGUGAAAUUUCGCAUAAUACGAAUAAUUAUUUGAAUAGACCUUUGACUGGUGAUGCAAUACAAAUGUGUUUAUUCGAAUCUAUCACUGCGUCAAUGAAUAUUGCUGCUGCCUUCAUAUUUGUUGUUGAAUAUGUCAGUAAACAUUUGGAAGUAGAAGCAAAAAUCAGAGCAGAGAUUAAUUCAUUUUUUUCACCUACGGUAAUUCAAAUAUAUCAAGGCUAUAUAUAUGAAAUUCCUGCUCCGAUGCUCUGUGCAGCUGCAGAACCACAACUUACCAGAGAAGAAACAAACAGAAAAAGUGACGAAUUAUAUAACGCGGCGGUGAAUGUCAAAUCAGUCCGACAAUUGCCUGACGAAGAUAUUCCUUCUUUAAUUUCAAUGGUUCAAAUGAUUCUGAUAACACCAUCGAUGGCUAAAUCAACUACUACUACAAUAUUCAUCAUUAAACGCAUUUCUAAGCGAAUUAUUUGA